CGAAGAUCUGCUCUACAUAAAUUCAGCCUUAGCUUUUUUCUUCUCUUCCCCCAAAAGAUCGCUUCGUCGAGAAUUCUAGGGUUUCGAUCUUCGCUACUCUUUUGAUUUCUCGGGAUUCGAUUCCGUGCUUCCUCUCUCGAUUUAUCGCCAAUUUCGCCUCGAUUCGCUCAAUUGUGCCCUCAUCAGUCCCUCUGAUCGCCUUCGUCUCGAGGAGAAAGACAAGUGAUUCUGAUGCUAGUUAGGAUUUGUUACUGGCUGAUUUGAUGAGGAAGAAGAGGAAAGGAAGUGAAACCGAGGGCUCAGAGUAUUCACAAGAGGAUUUGUCAUCAUGUGCCACUGCGUCACGUUCGUCUAACUUCAGGUCACAUUUUUCGCUAGAGGGUUACGCUAGACUCAAGAAACGAUGCAAGGAGAAUGAUACUGUUGACGAGGAUUCCGUUGGUUCCUUUAAGAGACGUCUAGCUGGGGUUGCUACCGCACCUCCUUGUGGUGCGUCUUCUUUGGUUUCGUCAGGGAGAGGUUUGAAGAGGAAGAUUGGGUGUAUUGACGUUUCUACGCAGACUGGAAGGAAGAAUAAGAUUGAUGAUGAUUAUGUCUUUGGUCCUAAUAUUGGGAAAGGUAAGUUCGGGUCGGUUAGGAUCUGUAGGUCGAAGAGUAAUGGGAUUGACUUUGCUUGUAAGACUCUGAAGAAAGGGGAGGAGACUGUUCACAGGGAAGUUGAGAUUAUGCAACAUUUGUCUGGUCAUCCUCGGGUUGUCACGUUGCAUGCUGUGUAUGAGGAGUCGGAUCGUUUUCAUCUUGUGAUGGAGUUGUGUUCUGGGGGACGUUUGAUUGAUCAGAUGGUUAAGGAGGGAAAGUAUUCUGAGCAGCGAGCAGCUAAUAUAUUCAAGGACCUUAUGCUAGUCAUCAAAUAUUGCCACGAGAUGGGAGUUGUGCAUAGAGAUAUAAAACCUGAGAAUAUUCUCUUGACCGCUGCUGGGAAGAUACAGCUGGCUGAUUUUGGACUUGCCAUGAGAAUUGCAAAAGGUCAAACGUUGUCUGGAUUGGCAGGAAGUCCUGCUUAUGUUGCACCUGAAGUUCUCUCUGAAAAUUAUUCAGAGAAAGUCGACAUUUGGAGUGCAGGAGUCCUCUUGUACGCUCUCUUGUCUGGCGUACUCCCGUUUAAGGGAGACUCUUUGGAUGCAAUUUUCGAAGCAAUCAAGAAAGUGAAGCUUGAUUUCAACUCGGGAGUGUGGGAGUCCGUGUCCAAACCAGCCCGUGAUCUAUUGGCAAGAAUGCUAACGAGGGAAGAAUCUUCCAGAAUCACAGCUGAUGAAGUGCUAAGGCAUCCAUGGAUACUCUUCUACACUGACCGCACACUCAGGACGAUGUGUAUCAAGUCGAAGAACAAGAAUCAAACAGGACCUCCUCCAUGCCUCCAGAUUCGCAGUCAAGUAGAGAAAGCUGACCUUAACAGAGUUAACAGAGAGAAGAAGACAACAUCUGAUUCAUUCUCCAACACAGAGGAGGAAGAAGAUGAGAGCGGUGUGGUAGAUGUGCUUGUGGUUGCAAUUGCCAACGUGAGGAUCUCAGAACCAAAGAGAAGCAGAGUCUGGAGUCCCACAAGCAGCCCCAUUGAACAACAACACUCUUCUAACUUGACCACUACUAAUACACUCUGUCGAGCCUUCUGACAAAACCCUAACCAGCUUCACUCUCACACACACACACAUAUGGGCUUCGUUUCGUCAAAGUCACGCGGGUUGACCCUGAUAUGAUCUCAGUGACUAAUUAUCUCAUAUCAUAAUAGCAGUUUGGAUUUAUUCUGAUUUUCCUUCUCCAUUCCUGACUAUGUUGUACAGAUCAUGUAAAUAGAAAUAUUCUAAAAUGUUUGAUCCGAUUAUAUGUCGGAGUUACCAGCAGGUUAUUUCGUAAACCGUGGAAAUAAAGCAUCUUGGUAAAUGCAGUUAACAAUAAUUGUUACAACAUUGUGGCUCCAACUGGUAAUUG